AUGACUGCAGCGCUUGCCGCUUCUAAGCCUUUCAGGUUUAUUGUUGGUCCCUGUGGCCGAGGGUUUACCAUACACUCGGGUAUUGUUGCUAGCUUAUCUGCACCUCUCGAGAGAUUGGUGAAUGGAGAGAUGCAAGAGGCGACGAACGGGGAGGUGGAUUGGAAAGUUGUGGAUGAAGGAACCUUCAUGUGCUUCUGGCAAUAUGCCUACCGGGGUGACUAUGAUAUUGACCACGAAACAACGAAACCAGAUACAGAUUCCGAGGAAAAGACAACCGUCCCGGGCGACUUGGAAGGUAUUGUGGACCCAAUUGAGAAGCGGAUGGAAGAGGAGUCUACCCUCCAAAGCUGGGGCGAUCCAGCAGAGCCUGCGCCCGAACUUGCGGAUGGACUGGGCGAUGGCUGGAACAACUGGGUGGCGUCAACUCGCAAAAAGAAAGACAAAAAGAAGAAGGGGAUCGAAUGGUUAGCGGAGGAGAUCGAAUGCAAAGCAGAAGAGCCCCGAUCCUUGUCGAAGCAGGAACAGUUGUGGGCCAGACUCGUUGCGCUCCGUCGGACCAGCCACUGCCCAGAGUUGAACCAUCUGGCAAGGGUAACAGAAGCACGAGGAGCAUUUGAGACGAAGGUGCAAUUGCUAUGUCACGCAAAGGUCUACGUGUUUGCCGACUGCUACGGUAUCGUACCACUAAUGGCGUUGUCUUUUAACAAGUUGCAUGAGUCUUUGGUCAACCUCAACCGUCACGCUGAAUCCUUGGCGGGUUUUGUGACAUUGAUGCCAUACUGCUACGAAACACCCGCUCCGGACGACUUGAAAAAUAUCGUCGUCCUUUUCGCUGCAUGCGAGGUGGAACGGUUGCGCAAAAAUAGGCAAUUUGAGGACCUUCUUGAAGCUCAUGCCGAAAUGGGGAGGGACAUGUUUUGGGCUGUACUGGAACGAUUGGAGUAA